AUGGUACCUCUGCAAGACAGCAAGAAAAUGCAAGACAAAGAGAUUGCCCGCAGCCGCAUCCCCCGCCUGGUUCUGCGGCCUUACUUGCCAAAGCAAAAAGUUUCACCAUCUUCUGAGUCCCCAUUCUCAGAAGAAGACAGCAAAGACUUCAACUUGACCUCAAGUCGAUCUGCAAGGACCAUAAGUAACAACAGCUUCUGCUCGGAUGAUACAGGCUGCCCAAGUAGUCAGUCUGUGUCCCCAGUCAAGACACCCUCUGAUGCUGGCAUGAGCCCAAUGGGAUUCUGCACCAGAAGUGAGGAUGACUACAGCCACAAGAGAGUCAGUGUGGGAACUUUUGCAGAUGGAAUCGUUCAGCCGGCUCGAUACAAAAAGGAACUGAAGAGCGGUUUCCUGAAGACAGGAAGUGAAGCAGACUUCAGUUCUUCUAGCAGUACCGGCAGCAUAUCUGCUCCAGAGGUUCAUAUAAAUGCUGUGUCCGGAGGCAAGAAGACGUCAUUCUCGCGCAAUCGUGUCUCCCACGGACGAAGUCAUACAUGCUCCUCGACAAAGCCUGUGCACAGUCCCCCUAUCUCGCGUGAGAAGGAUCUUUUUUCAGUUCUCUGCAGAAACCAGACUACCCCAAUAAAUGUUCAUGAUGCCUACGGUGUGUCUUCUCCGAGCAGCAGUAACUCUGGGUCCUACAAGGGCAGCGAUACCAGCCCUACUCUACGACGUACCAUGAGAUAUGCAUCUUGUGGUGAUAACCACAGCAUCAAGCCGCCGUCUCCUGAACAAUAUCUGACCCCACUUCAGCAGAAGGAAGUCUCUAUACGGCACCUGAAAGCAAAGUUAAAGGAGUCACAGGGCACCCUGGAGGAAAGGGAAACAGAAAUAGAAGACCUUAAAUCUCAGCUCGCUCGCAUGAGAGAAGACUGGAUUGAAGAGGAAUGUCAUCAUGUGGAGGCCCAACUCGCCUUGAAAGAAGCCCGGAAGGAAAUCAGACAACUAAAGCAGUUCAUUGAGACCAUGAAAAACAGUUUAGCUGAGAAGGAUAAAGGAAUUCAGAAAUAUUUUAUAGACAUUAAUAUUCAAAACCGUAAGUUGGAGACUCUGCUGCGUAGUAUGGAGCUGGCUCAAGAUGGGGCAUUUAGAGAUGACUCGUGUUUGGACUACAUAUGUAAUUCUCCAGGGGCGUCUCUUACAGAAAGUGCCAUUUACGAUAAAAUGUCUGAUGCACUUCUAAUGGGAGACCAAGCAAUGGAGGAAAUGGCAGAUUGUGACCUCCUGAAUGAUGAUCUGGCAAACGGAGACUGUUUGUAUGAUGAUGUCAUCAUGGACACCAUGAGUGAUGGAAGUCUGACAAAUUUGAAUUCUACCACAUUACAGGGCAAGGACAGGGAGAAAUUAAAUUCCAAAUGGGCUCAAGGUUCAAGUUGGAUGGAACAGGCAAUCCAGACCGAUAUUGUUCCUUACAGCCUUGAUCUUGAAAAUAUCAUCCUGAAGAUCUUCAAAUCUCAUAAUGACAAGCUGAUUGAUCAGUCUUCUGUUUUGCAGGGGCUCCAAUUAAAGUGUUCUACUAACUUAAUAGAUUUGACCCCCGAUGAUCCAAAUUCUGCCAUACUUCUAUCCCAGGAUUCUCAGAACAAUGAUUCUCUUCUAAUUCCCAUGUCAAACCGUGCCAUGAAAGAACUUGAUUUUGAUGGACCUUCAGUUCAGCUGCCAAGUACAGACACGGCACAGACCUGUGUAGCCGAGAAACACUGGAGUGACCAUUUUUUGACCGACCUCCUGGCUGUGGCUGUGCCAGUAAUUCCUUCAGUUUUAUGGGCAUUCACUACCCAAAGAGGAAAUCCUGACCCGGUGUAUAACUUUGGUACGAUGAUGAGAGGUUGUUGCUUGAUGGCUUUACAUACUCUUCGGAAAACCUCAACCAACACUUAUAUUUAAUUCUUGAUGUUUU